ACUUGGGCAGAGUAAGAACAAAUGCGGAAGUUGGUUUGACAACUCUCUUCAGACACUGCAAAUAUGCAUCUAUCUGACCAAAGUGUUUGUUAACCCAGCGGAUAAUCGUGAGGACAAACAAGCUACUUAUCUCCCAUUAAUAAAGACACAUUGUUUUUAUACGAGUUACCACCAUGAGGACCACGUUUGUCCUGCUGACCCUGUGUGUGCUUUGCUUCUUGUUCAAAGGAAGCCUGUCAGACUCAGAACAAAAACAAAUUACUAGAGCUAAACCUAGCCAUGGGAAGGCAACCACUACAAAGACGACUGCCAAACCAGUAACUAAGGAACUUGAUAAGCCCCAACUGGCCAAACCUAUCUUGAAAAGUAAUAGAAAUUCACAGGAUGAUGUUAGUGAUGUUGAAACAAAAAAUCAAAAUAUAGGAACACAGCCCAAAGUACCUAAACUAAACCAAGCUGACACGAAUGUAGCAGUGGAUUUGGGUGAUAGGAAGAAGUCUGAGCCCAACACAGACAAUGCAGAUCAAAAUAAAGAAAAUGUGCAAACAUUAGAUGAGAACCAGGCUAAGACUACCCCUGCACCAGAGGAGUCUGACGCUAAACCGGAGGAUGUGGAUCAGACAGUGGAAAAGAAAACUGUUGAAAAAGAAAAAGUGAUGCUUGACCUGUCUGGUUUAAAGCAUGCAGCGGAAAGCAGCCACUUCUUUGCCUACCUAGUUUCCACUGCAGUGCUUGUGGCUGUGCUAUACAUCACUUACCACAACAAACGCAAGAUCAUUGCAUUUGUUUUGGAAGGGAAGAGAACAAGAUCCACACGUCGACCCACAUCUGCAGAAUACCAAAGACUGGAACAGCAGCCGUGACAAUGACCCCAUUCUUUCUGGAAGCCCAGUGCACUGUGGAUUUUGGUUCGUGUUUAGCAGGUGUUAAAUAAAUGUUUAAAUUUUCUUUUUAGAUGCUUUAUGGAUAACUAUGCAUAUGACACUCUUGCCUUAUUGGGCUUUAAGUGAAAUGCAGUUCAUUUGAAGAAAGCAUGCAUAUUUUGCACUAGUGUUGAUCACCUUUUGGCAAUCUUCUAUAACUGGCCUGUCAAAGGUCCUGACUCAGGAUAUUUGUUUAAGAAAGGAAAAGUCUGUUUGGAGCCCUGCCUUUGUAUACAGACUUUGGAGCAGUGUGUUUGCACUGUUCCUUAAAUAAGCCAUUUAAAAUGUAAAUAUUUGGAUGAUGUGUAGUGUAUCUGUAAUGAUAUGUUUAGAAUAUAAAUUAUUUUAACUUCAGCGAUAUUCCAAUUUCUGUUGCUGUUGUUUCUAUUUGCUCCAUACUGCCCAAAGAAUGUAUUGGUGUAGCCUCACUUUUAGUGAUUGCCAAAUGCUUUUAAACAUUCUGAACUAAGAUGCACCAGUAUGUCAAUAAAAUAGGAGGGGUAAU